AGGAGAGGAGAGGGGUGGCCCGCCAGGCCCCGCCCCGGUCCCUGUCCCCACCCCAGGGUGCCGGGAGCGCCGAAGCGGGUGCGAAGCAGCCCCCAGGCCAAAAGCCGCGGGCGGGCGGGGGGCAGAGUCUGAGCGCCGCGGGACGCCGCGUAGGCAGCGCCGAGAUGGCUGGCAGGGGCUGCCCCAGCCGCCUGGCGCCGCUGCUGCUGCUCGCCCUGCUGUGGCCGGGCCGCGCCGCGGGGGCUGAGAGCUGUGUAUGCAAAGGUAAAAGUCCCUGCUUUUGCGAUAGCAUGAAAGGUAAUAAGGGUGAAAAAGGCUUUCCUGGUGCUCCAGGUCCACCUGGUCUUAGAGGCUUUCCUGGUCCAGAAGGGCCUCCAGGACCACAGGGACCAAAGGGUUCUCCAGGGCUUACUGGCUUAGUUGGGCCCAAAGGCAUACGAGGACUCCCAGGACUACCUGGAUUUUCAGGUCCCCCAGGCCUUCCAGGUGAACCGGGAACUGUUGGUCCUCCUGGGCGCUCGGGUGUUCCAGGAUGCAACGGCACAAAGGGCGAUCAAGGUUUUCCAGGUCCUCCAGGUAGAAGAGGUGCUCCAGGCAUUCCAGGUAUUCCUGGCAUCAAAGGAGAGAAGGGGUGCCCUGCAGAGGUAUAUAACCAAGGGUAUGGUGCAAAAGGUGAUCCUGGAUUACCAGGAAUGCCUGGACUUCAGGGUGCCCAGGGUGCUCAAGGAUAUCCGGGAGAACUUGGACCACAGGGCCCUCCAGGACCUUCAGGCAUGCCAGGAAAAGCGGGACCUCCUGGACCUAAGGGUCUUAUGGGACUGAAAGUAAUAGGAACCAAAGGAAGGAAGGGUGACACUGGGUUAACUGGACCCCCUGGACCACCAGGAACCGUUAUUGUGACAUUAAGUGGACCAGACAACAUGACGGACUUGAAAGGAGAGAAAGGAGAAAAAGGAUCAAGAGGACUUCCAGGACCAGUGGGGUUUACAGGGCCAGAUGGUGAUUCUCAAAGUGAAAAGGGUGACCGAGGAGAACCCGGAGCACAGGGUAAACCUGGAAAAGAAGGUGCCCCGGGUCCACCUGGCUUACCGGGACAAAAGGGUGAACAGGGCAAACCAGGAGCGGCUGGCAGGCAAGGAGCUAAGGGGAUGAAAGGAAACACUGGUCCGCCUGGAGCUUGUGGUCGAACAGAGUAUUAUGAUUAUGUGGUUGGUGAAAAAGGAGAUGAAGGACCCCCUGGACCUCCAGGACCAAAAGGUCAACGUGGCAUGCCUGGGCCACAGGGUCCUCCUGGAGAUGCUGGUAGACCAGGUGUGACAAGACCUGGUCUGAGAGGUCCCCCUGGAUUUCCUGGGCCAAAAGGAAUAAAAGGAGAGAAAGGACAAACUGGCUUGUGUGUUGUAGGCCCUCCAGGACUACCUGGUAUUACUGGCAAACCUGGUUCUGUUGGAUUACCAGGUCCUCCAGGAGAACCAGGUAGAGUAACGUUUCGAACAGGCCUGCCAGGACUUCCUGGAGAGCCAGGGUGCACAGGACCUCCGGGACCUCCAGGAGAUAUUGGCAUGAAAGGUGAUGAAGCUCGCGUGUGUACUGAUUGCAGCUAUAUUCCAGGAAUACCUGGUCGUCCUGGUUCUCCUGGGCCACAUGGCCAGGAUGGCAUGCCUGGUAGAGAAGGAACAACAGGUCCAAAAGGUUCUCCAGGUUCUCCAGGAGCACCAGGGUUUCCAGGAGCUCAAGGACCUCCAGGUUUUAGAGGAGAUCAAGGACAUAAAGGAUCAAAAGGUGAGCCAGGAUAUGUGUAUCCAGAAGGGCCAAAAGGUGAGAGAGGAGAUCCAGGGGCCAGGGGAGACAAAGGAAGAAAAGGUUCAAGUGGAUUUCUGGGAAGACCUGGCUCUAAAGGAUCCAAGGGCUCUAAAGGUGAAAAGGGAUUGGCUGGUUCAAAAGGAGAUAGAGGACUCCCUGGAUUGCCCGGUAGUCUUGGUCUUCCUGGAGAGAUGGGGCUUCCUGGAUUGCCAGGAUAUGGACCACAAGGAAUAAGAGGCUUCAAAGGCUCUAAAGGAAUACCUGGUCCACCUGGAUUACCUGGAGAAGCUGGUCUGAAAGGAGAGACCAGUAGGAUAACUCCAUUACCUGCAUUGCCAGGACCUCAAGGACCUCAAGGACCAGAUGGUUUACCUGGACCCCCAGGAGUGCCUGGUAGAGCUGGAGCAAGAGGCCAGCAAGGUGAUUCAGGACAUCCAGGCCCAACAGGUGACACAGGCUUUCCAGGGCUUGGGUUUCCUGGAAACCCAGGUCCAAAAGGAAAUAAAGGACUUGCAGGAGGCAGAGGGUCACCAGGUUGUGAAGGAAAGAUCGGAGAUCCAGGCCGAGCUGGAAACCUAGGACAACCAGGAGAAAAGGGUGACCCAGGCAUGGUUAUUCCUGGAGAGCCAGGUAGACUGGGUUCACCAGGAGGUCGUGGCAUUCCUGGCUCAAAAGGUGAUACUGGAUUUCCAGGACUUCCAGGCCUACCAGGGAGUGCUGGACGUGAUGGUGAUGAUGGCCUAAGAGGAGAUCAUGGCUCACCUGGAGUUCCUGGAGAUCCAGGUUUUCCAGGGAAACCUGCUGAAUGUCUUAUUGGCCUGCCAGGUUUGCCAGGUGGCCAGGGAGCUACAGGCCCACCAGGAGGAAGAGGUUUGCAAGGUUCAAAAGGAAAACUUGGCCCUCCUGGCUUGAGUAUCCCGGGAAUCUAUGGAAAACCCGGGGAACCUGGAUUAAUAGGUCUUCAGGGAAAUACAGGAUUACCUGGUCCCAAGGGACAGUCUGGAAGGCCAGGAAUCUCUGGUGUGCCAGGCUUGAGGGGAGAGCCAGGUAUAAUGGGCCUGUUAGGAAUUCCUGGACCCCCUGGCACAAUUGGAAGACCAGGCAUCCCGGGUAUCAGAGGUUCUUCUGGCAUCCCAGGACUAAAAGGAAGAAAAGGGUUUCUUGGAGCAAAAGGUGAACCAGGUGAUAAAGGUUUUCCUGGACCAUCUGAGACCUUGGUUGGUAUUGGGAAUAAAGGAGAACGAGGCUUAAAAGGAGUUCAAGGAAGAAUGGGUCUAAGAGGAGAGAAAGGAGAUGCCGGUGUGCAAGGUCCCCCAGGUCUUGAUGGGUCUGAAGGAGUACCUGGUCUACCAGGCGUCAAAGGAUUUAUGGGUCUUCCAGGGGUUCCUGGAAGACAAGGAUUCCCAGGUGCACCAGGAAACAAAGGGGACAUGGGAAUUCCAGGUCCAAAUGGAGACAAAGGAUCUCCCGGCUUUCCAGGACCAUCAGGUGACCCUGGUCCACCAGGCUAUGGUGGCUUUCCAGGUGACAAGGGAGAUCCUGGGUACCCGUCCGCUGGGCCUCCAGGAGAACCUGGUCCAAAGGGAGAUCCAGGCCCCCCGGGAGUUUUGGGCAGCAAAGGAGAAAAAGGAUCCCAAGGUCAUCCAGGUCAUAAAGGAGUACCAGGACCACAUGGGAUCAGAGGGGAAACUGGAAGUGCAGGAAUCCCAGGGAAGCUUGGACCUCCUGGAGAUAUUGGUGUCAAAGGACAGCAGGGCUGCCCAGGACAACAGGGCAUUACAGGCCCUCCUGGUGCUGCUGGAGACCCUGGAAGAAAAGGACUUGUUGGUGAAAGGGGUAAUCAAGGUCAGGAUGGUAUGCCUGGUCCCCCAGGAGUAAAGGGAGAACCAGGAGCACCAGGGAGAGGAAUCCCUGGCCUUCGAGGUGUUCCUGGUCAUAGAGGAAUCAAAGGGGACAUGGGACUGCCUGGUUUUCCUGGGCCACCAGGUAUGAAAGGUCAUCAAGGUGAUCAAGGACCCAUUGGACCUCCUGGCUUAGUGGGGUUACCUGGAUUCCAAGGCGCAACAGGCAUGGCAAUUACUGGCCAAAAAGGGAAUAGAGGUAUUGCUGGUGCAGAUGGAAGACCAGGUGCUCCUGGUUUUCCAGGGCCUCCUGGUCUUCCCACUCUCAGCAUGAAAGGAAUCAAAGGCGUUAGAGGGGCAGAUGGCAUACCAGGGUCAACAGGCCCAGCCGGCGACACUGGUCCUCCCGGUCCAAAAGGAAUUGAAGGUCGACCAGGUUAUCCUGGUGCUAGAGGGGACCCUGGAUUUCUUGGAUUCCCAGGUGUAAAAGGAGAAAAGGGUAAUCGAGGACCCCCUGGACCACAAGGUGUAGAAGGACCAAGGGGACCAAAGGGCCAGCGUGGUCCACCUGGAGUCCCUGGGAGAAUAUUCUCCAUCCCAGGAAGCAAGGGUCCUCCUGGACUGCCAGGAAUCCCAGGAGCACCAGGUGAUCAAGGAAUUCAAGGGAUUCCUGGACUACAAGGACCUAAAGGAUUAAAAGGUUUACCAGGAAGUUUUGGUCAUCCAGGUCACCCAGGACUGCCUGGUCCAAAAGGAGACAGGGGAUUUCCAGGACAAAGAGGAGAACCCGGACUGAUUGGCUUUCCAGGUCUACAGGGGUUACCUGGAUCACCAGGUUCUAUCAUUGCUGGUCCAACAAGAAGAGGUUUUAUCUUUACCCGGCAUAGUCAAUCAACAAAGAUUCCUUCAUGCCCACAUGGGACAUCGCAGAUCUAUGUUGGCUAUUCACUGCUUUUUGUACAAGGAAAUGAACGAGCACAUGGACAAGAUCUUGGAACAGCUGGUAGCUGCUUGCAGAGAUUUACCACCAUGCCAUUCUUAUUCUGUAGCACCAAUGAUGUUUGUAGUUUUGCUUCUCGCAAUGACUAUUCAUACUGGCUGUCAACUGCAACAGUAAUGCCAGUAGAUAUGGCACCGAUUUCUGGCAGGGCACUAGAACCCCAUAUAAGCAGGUGUGUUGUCUGUGAAGGAGCUGCAAUGGUAAUAGCAGUUCACAGCCAAACAACUGCAGUUCCUCCGUGUCCAGAAGGCUGGCUAUCUCUCUGGAAGGGUUUUUCUUUUGUUAUGUAUACAAGUGCCGGCUCAGAAGCUUCUGGCCAAGCAUUGGCAUCUCCUGGAUCUUGUUUGGAAGAAUUUCGAGCUAUCCCAUUCAUAGAGUGCCAUGGCAGGGGGACGUGCAACUACUACACAAAUUCCUACAGCUUCUGGUUGGCAUCAUUAAAUCCAAGAAGAAUGUUCAGGAGACCUCUGUCACAGACUUUGAAAGCAGGAGAACUAGAAAAUAUCAUCAGCCGCUGUCAGGUCUGCAUGAAGAGACCAGUCUAAACAGUGGCCACUCUUAAUGGAACAUGAAACUCUGCUUUUAUUACAAAGAAUUGCCUAACUCUGAAGAGCUAUAAUUUAUUAAAGUCCAACUGCAUCUGGAAAGAAAAUUGUAAAUUGCCAGUGCAGUACUGUGGUGAGGUAGGGCAACAGUUUGACUUUUGUCUUUGGCAAAUGACAAAGCACUUUGUUGGAGAAAGCUUGCAAUGGCCGCCUGCAGGGGCUUCUCUGGAACUGUGUCGUUUCUAAGCUGCAUCUUCAUGAUAAAACUGCAUAAAACUGCAAUCUGCAUUGCCAGAUCUUUAACAAAAGGUGUUAAUGCUGCCUUGUGUCACGUGCUUUUCAAACCGCAAGACAAACUAAAUGCUCUAAUAUCAGCUUACAUACGUUCAGUGUUCAAAGUGGAAAUAAUUUAAGAUGAAAAUCUGGCACUUAUGAGAUAUAGGGUUCAAUAGGAAAUAUUUUCAGUGCACUUUUAAAUAUAUAUUGAUUCAUUUAGGGUUGUUUUGUUUUGGUUUUCUUGUCUAAUAAACAAGUAUCUCCCCACUUACCUCACCCUUCCUCUGGCUGGCAAACGGGAAUACAACCUUUUUUGUAUCAUUAUAACAGUAACGGUUCUUGACUAGCCAGAAAGGGAGCUACACCGUGCGCUGGUGAGAGUACAGCGGUGACAUGCACCAGCUGCCUUCUCCAAAGUGACUACGGCUGACUAAUUGAAAGUGUUGGAAAGUUUUCAUUAGAUUCCGUGGCUCGUGACACAAAUCAGGAGAUCUUUUAAAUUCUUCAAAAGUCGACAGUAUUUGGCCUUUAUUAUGAUCGCAUGUUUUUGUCUCUACUGAAGAACAACUAUUUAGUGUAUCAUAAUUUGGGAUUUUGAUGGAAUUAACAAUUACUGUAUGGCUCAAGGGCUCCCAUGGCAUUAUCAGGUUAUCACACACCCAUCAGGAUGUGAUCUCUAUUUUAUUUUAAUAUAUAACAAAGAAGAUAAUAUUCACAUUUUAUAAUAUUCCAUAUUUAAAUAUUUAUCACAAAUUAUAUUCUGUAUUUAAA